CUUUCUGGUAUUUACACUUCUUAAUUUUGUAAAUUGAUUCAUUGAAAGUUGUUCAUAUAUCAUCAUGUUUGGUAUUUCCUGUCCAAGAUUCGGUACAAAUAACUCUAAUUUUCUGCUGGCUAUUCUUCGUUUUGCAUCUGCCAGACACUUCACAUCUGAAAAUUUAAUUCACAAAAAACAGUCAUUCACAGUUUCAUAUCUCAUAAAUUCAUGCGGGUUAGCUCCAAAAGUUGCUCAAUCCAUCUCUAAGUGGUUUCAAUUAACCACACCUGACAAUCCAGAUUCUGUUAUUUUGUUCUUUAAAGAUCAAGGAUUCACUGCUUCUCAAAUCUCCAAAAUUGUUAGGAUAAGGCCCCGAGUUCUACGAGCCAAACCCAAUAGCUCAAUUCUGCCAAAGCUCGAGUUUUUACGCUCUGUAGGAGCUUCAAGCUCGGACCUUUCGGCAAUUGUCUCUAGGAACCCGGAUAUAUUGGUUCGCCAUCUUGUUCGACAUCUCAUUCCAUUUUAUGACAUCCUCAAAAGGGUACUUGUUACUGAUGAGAAAGUGAUUAGGACUUUGAAACGGUCGUCCAUGUAUUUUCCGUCUAUGAAGGACAUUUUUAAUGUUAAUUUAUCAUUGUUGACUCAGAUUGGUAUGCCUCAAUCUGGUAUCGCUGAGCUAGUUCUUAAGUUUCCGUUAGCUAUGUGCCUAAAUGAUGUCAAGUUUGCCGAUAAGGUUAAGAAGAUAAUCGAAAAAGGAUUUGACCCGACAAAGCGUUCAUUUGUUAUGGCAUUGGGUGUUUUUCUUCAAUUUUCUGAUACAACGUGGGAACGCAAAAUAGAGUUUUAUAAAAUGUGUGGUUGGUCUGAAGAUGAGAUUUUAUCGAUUUUAAGAAAGAACCCAUUGUCUUUGGCUAUGUCGCAAAAGAGUGUAACGAGUAAAAUGGAUUUUCUUGUGGGCAAGAUGGGUUGGAAGCCUGCUGAUGUUGCUAAGCUUCCAGUUGUUCUUUGUUGUAGUUUGGAGAACAGGAUUAUGCCUAGAUGUUUAAUUGCCAGAAUUUUGCUUUUAAAGGGUUUGAUCAAGACAAACGUCCCUUUAUCUUCAUUAAUCGUUUCUUCUGAUGAGCGAUUCAUGAAAACGUUUGUUUUGAAGUAUAAGGAAGAGGUGCCUCAAUUGUUGGAUUUCUUUCAGGGGAAAGUCAGUUUUGAAGAACUAGGAUUUGGCUUUGAUGAGAAUUCUAGUUCUUCUAUACGUAUUGUAUAAAACUAUGCAUUUCAGUGUUAGUCUAUUGAAUGCUGAAAGCUUGAUAGAUUUGUGAUGAAGGUCGUCGUAGGAGAACGAUAUAUAUGAAGUGAUGCAUUUAUGUGUCUACACAAAACAAUGGUUUCUUUAAAGCUUCAUAAUUCGUUUAUUUGUCUGCAUCAGCUUUGUGUAAUGCUACCACCAGUUUUCUUCCCUCCGUUGGAGCUGAAAUGAAGAUUAAUUUGAUAAGCGGCGUAAAUUGACAGGGCAAGUUGCAUUUGUAACUAGCUGCUAACAAUUUAUGCUUAGUUGGAACUUUGGCUAAAAUUAUUGGGGGAAAAGUUACAGACUCAAAGCUACGAGACUGUUACUGAAUAUGCAUAAGUGAUGCACGACACUGAGAGUUCGACUUUGUCCCAAGUAGAAAAUCCGAGUAGGGAAGCCCCCAGGGACUUUAAGAGGGAAGUAUAGUAUCAUAUACCCUUUGAGAAUGGGUACUCGAACUAUAAAGCUUGUCCGCCCUAAACGAUCGGCAAAUAAGAGAAGGAGAAAGGACGACGAGAAACUUUCAUCCUAUGAGUGCUAUGUAUGAGAUGAUUAUGAAUUCAGAUGAAAGUUUGCAUUUCAUCUUUGAUAGGCGAGAAACGAAGCACUUAAUAAUUUUUUUAAUUAUUAAUUAUGUGUUCUUUCUCAAAUUUGUAGCUAAAAACUUUAAGAAUUGACUUAAUUGCUGUUGAGAGCCAAGAAAUUUUGGUUUGUAGUUUAAAAAAAUGUACCAUUCCAUGUCAAAAAAUAUUGUUUUGUUUUGUUAAUUCUAAAAGCUUUUAUUUAAUGCUAAA